UGGCGCUUUUUUUCUUCUGGGUUUCCCGCUCUUUCCCAUUCCGAAAGAGAGGAGGAAGACGACCCAGGCGCUUUCGUCUCAUGGAGACGGAGAGAAGAACUGCUGCGGCCGAGGGUCAGGAUAUGGAAGGCGAGUUCGAUCCGGCGCGAGAGGUGUCCAGAGAUCGUUUCCGGCUCUCCUCCAUCUCCAUCGCCCAUGCUCAAGCCCGGCGAAGUGGCUUGGAGAUCGCGGAACCUGUAGUUGCCUGCCUCGCCGAUUUGGCUUUCCAAUUCUCAGAACAGUUGGCUAAGGACCUCGAGCGUUUUGCUCACCAUGCUGGGCGUAAGUCUGUUAACAUGGAAGAUGUCAUCCUCUCUGCACAUAGGAAUGAACACCUGGCCAUCUCAUUGCGGUCCUUUUGCGAUGAGCUCAAACUGAAAGAACCCCAGUCUCUGAAGAAGCGUAAAAAGUUACCAGGAAAAGAAGCCAAAGCUACUACCAGUGUGCUACACAUUUCCGACCUGUGAAUCGGAGGUUUUUACAUGCAGAUUGUUCUUUUAGCAAUUGAAGCAUGCAACGGAAAAGAUACUCGAAGCAAACACGUUUAUAGAAAG